AUGCUGCUGGGUCUGAUGAAUAAGCACGAAGGGGAGUUGAUGGGUGAGAUGAUUGGGGAGGUCCUAGAGGUUGAGGCUAACGAUAAAGAAAAUGCGAUUGGCGAGUUUCUGAGAGUUAAAGUGAAGAUUGAUAUCCGCAAACCACUGAUGCGAGGGGUGACAUUGGAUGUUGGGGGUGGGGAGCAGGAGAAGAUGAAGUGGUGCCCUUUGGUGUAUGAAUACCUCCCUGAUUUUUGUUACACCUGUAGAUUGAUUGGACAUACUGAUCGGUCGUGCGAAGUUUAG